AUGUUAGGGGCUCUGACACAUGGUACCCUCAAUAAUAACCGACCCUUAUCCUCACCAGCCGGGCAAAUGCGGUCAGCCUGGACCAGCUCAAAGAGGAUAGAAGAUGAACCCCAUCGUCAGCCUACAAGACCGAGUAUCGCUUUUUCAUAUGCUACAACUAGCAUGCGGACAGAGACACAACACUGGUGGUUAAUACAUGACCAAGUUUUCGACGAUGGACUACCAUAUCCCUCAGAGCCACACAUGGUAUUGACCUUUCGUAAUGACCUCCAGCCCAUCGAAGCAAGCACUGUUCGUACUGUGGGAACCUUAUGUCCUAUUCGAUGCUGGAGACGAUUCUCACCCUUUUCUUCUACUGCCUUUAACGAAACACCAAACGCCCAUGCUGCAAUUACUAUUCAGAGCAUUCUCUGUCUUGCACAUCAUACUAGAGGCCUUGCUCAAUCUGGGCAAUAUUGAUUGACCACACAAACCUGU